CUGGCCCCAUUGUGGUUGCCCGGAGACUGAGGGGCUCUCAGGACCGCACCCUGAGGUGCCCACAAGAGUUGGGUAGUGUGGGACCAGCUCGCUUGGAGGAGUCUGCGGCGAGCUCAGGACAGGGCUUUCUGCAGCUGCAGGUAGACAGGCAGAAGAGGAAGUCGUGGGUCCGGUCUGGACACCGAGGAGGAGACUGAACUCACAGACGGAUGCCUAAGGUGACUGGUAUGGAGGAAUGGGAGAAGCAUUCUAACUAGAUAUUAGACUCUGCCACAGGAUGCAGAAGUCCCUCUGCUAUCUUCCCAUUGUGAGCAAUGUGACCCUGUGGGAGAGAGGCGCAUCUCAGACAAACUUGCUGUAGGUGGCCCAAAGCUGCUGCGUCCCUUCCAUAAUGCCAAGGGAGAAAGAAAAUAGGAUUUCAUUGGCUACUGUACUUAGAAUGGAUCCUCCAGCCAAGAAAGAAAACCACAAUGGGCUUUGGCAAACAAACAAUUGAAAAGUACAGGUGCUGGGAGUGUGCACAGCCCCAAAAUCAACACGACCUGGGAGGAGAGAGGGCUGGAAGACAAAGAAAGUCUAGCCCUCGUGGUGAAAAAACACCCUCGCCCUGCUCCAGGUUUGUGACUCACAUGAAGAAUUUUUCUGCAUCACAUAAAAUGGACAGAUUAAAUUUUCUACCAUUUCCAGGAUGUGUAGAAGGGACUCAUAGUCCAAUGACAGGUAAAAGACCUCUUUACACUCACCAGAACACAGUCCCCAAGUCUCCCAUGAACACAGUUUCUUUCAAAGAAGAAAUUCAUGGAGAAGCCUGUUCUUCACUGUCACCAUCCAGGGAAAUGGAUAAAGGCGGUUUGGUCUUUACUGCCAAAAAGGGAAUGCAGAAGCCACCUAGCGGACCACCCAAGCAGGCCUGGACCAGCCCACUUCUGGAAAAGCAAGCUGCAAAUAAACCUCUUGAGAGAUCACACUCAGUGAAUACCAUUUCCUCGGAAGCUGCAGGUAGACACAUACCGUGCCAGAACCAUCUCUUGGGCAACUCCAAGGGGGAUUCUGGUCCCGUGUUGAGACCUUUCACCGCCAUCGGCCUCUGCAGAAGUACCAGCCAGAACUCCUUUUCCCCACAGAUCACCUAUAAGACGUCCUUGGAACCUGAGCAGCGGAAUCAAGUGGCCGCCUCGAGAUCCUGGACAAGCACAGAUUCCUUAAGCGUACGCGGAAGCGCAAUCGGAAGGGGCUUGGCUGCAGUAACACCAGAGAUGACCCCCAAACAUCCUUAUACUGCCAAAGAACAUAGGUUAGAGACAGUUCUCGACUUCCGUGGCCGCGCAGCCAAGGAGCCACUGCCUAUGCUUGUGGGCUCUCCUACCCAUUUAUUUUCCAGGAAGUUAAUGAAGGCUUGCUCCUCAGCAGCACCGCGCCCACCCCGGCGCUCCCUUACGGCUUGCUCACAGACUCUUUCGAGGCCGGUGGUGAAUGCUCACUUACACUGACUGCUGAGAAAGAAUUGUUCUGCCAGUGUGGCCCAUCUUCCAAUCAAUGCCUGCUCAGAACAACAGAAAGGGCCUCAGAUGGAUUGGUUUCCAUAGAACCAUUGUUAGGCUUUGUGAAGCAUUUUUGAACCUAAUAAAUAAUGUCAAAAGUCUC